AGGAGCCUCCCUCUCGUCCCACACUGAGUCAAGAUGUUCUCCACCUGGAAAAGAUCAAUGUUCCUGUCUUUUCAUGAGGACCCUGUGCCCACCACAGCCUCUUUUAGCACGGAAAUGCUCAACAUCACCUCGCAAGUCCUCCUGCCGGCUCUCAACGGGACGGUGCCCAGCACCUGCGUCUUCUCCGACUGGUGGAACUGGCUUAACACCAUCCAGGCCCCCUUCCUCUGGGUGCUGUUCGUGCUGGCCGCCCUCGAGAACAUCUUUGUCCUCAGCAUCUUCUGCCUGCACAAGACCAGCUGCACGGUGGCCGAGAUCUACCUGGGCAACCUGGCUGUGGCGGACCUGAUCCUGGCCUGCGGGCUGCCCUUCUGGGCCAUCACCAUCGCCAACAACUUUGACUGGCUCUUUGGGGAGGUCCUCUGCCGCGUGGUGAACACCAUGCUCUACAUGAACCUCUACAGCAGCAUCUCCUUCCUCAUGCUGGUCAGCAUCGACCGCUACCUGGCCCUGGUGAAGACCAUGUCCAUGGGCCGGAUGCGCGGGGUGCGCUGGGCCAAGCUCUACAGCCUGGUGAUCUGGGGAUGCACGCUCCUCCUGAGCUCGCCCAUGCUGGCCUUCCGGACCAUGAAGGAGUAUCGGGACGAGGGCCACAACGUCACAGCCUGCGUCAUCAUCUACCCGUCCCGCACCUGGGAGGUGUUCACCAACAUCCUCCUGAACUUCGUGGGCUUCCUGUUGCCCUUGGCCGUCAUCACCUUCUGCACAGUGCAGAUCAUGCAGGUACUCCGGAACAACGAGAUGCAGAAGUUCAAGGAGAUCCAGACGGAGAGGAAGGCCACGGUGCUGGUCCUGGCCGUGCUGCUGCUGUUCGUCGUCUGCUGGCUGCCCUUCCAGAUCAGCACCGUGCUGGACACGCUGCUGCGCCUGGACAUCCUGUCCGGCUGCUGGGAUGAGCACGUGGUCGACGUCUUCACGCAGAUCGCCUCCUACGUGGCCUACAGCAACAGCUGCCUCAACCCGCUGGUGUAUGUGAUCGUGGGCAAGCGCUUCCGCAAGAAGUCCCGCGAGGUGUUCUGGGGACUGUGCCAGAAAGGGGGCUGCAUGCCGGAGCCCAACAAGAUGGAGAACUCCAUGGGCACGCUCCGGACCUCCAUCUCUGUGGAGCGCCAGAUUCACAAACUGCCAGACUGGGCGGGGAACAGCCAGUGAGGGGGACUCCGCCGGGACCCCUGCUCCUAGGUGCUGGGACGGUGGGAGAGGGGUGCUUCAGGAUAUGUCCAGGAAGGAAUGGAAGGCGUGCCACGGGUGUAAACUUGGG